AUGAAGCAGCGGGACAAACUCCCCUCGCUCCUCCUUCUCCCCUUCCCGCCGGACCCCUCAGACCGCCACUUGCUCGGUGCGGCGUACCGGCCCUCGCUCGUAGCUGCGCUCUCGAGGCUGAAGAGCCCGACGGCCGCGGCAAGGCUCACGGUUGCCGUACCCUGUCCCAUCUUGCACGGCCCCUAUCUUCGCUCCAAGACGCUGUCGUGGCCCCAUGCCCAAGCCCUAGUCGCCGGCAUCUACGCCAUCGUCGCCGUCGUGUGCUCGCAGUUGUCCAUCGCAACCGAGGUCAAUGGCGGGCCCGGCUCUGUCGACACUACAGUUGUCCUGAUCGACCACGACCGCAACAAGCGCUUCUCGUCCGACUUCCGCCCCAGCAUCGAGCCCAACAACACGGUCGUCGUGGACCUUGCCACCUUCGCGUCUGCUUACCACCCCUGGAACCUCAUCUUCCAUGUCAGCAACGAGCUCGGGACCCAGCUGCACCAGGCCUAUCUCAGGUUUGCCGAGGGCAAGCAGACCCUUCUCCAGGAGCAGCUUGUCCCGGUAGAAGGCGGCCUGACCAUGAACGUCGCCAAGCCGGGCCCUUCUGCGUCGCCUCCGCAAACCACAGGCCGUGCCACCGUCUGCCUGGGCGGGACCUUUGACUACCUGCACCCAGGGCAUAAGCUACUCCUGACGGCCGGCGCCCUGCUGCUUCAGGUGCCCAGGAAGGACUCGGGCGAGUCUUGUCGCUACAUCAUUGGCAUCACUGGCGAAGAGCUGCUCAAGAACAAGAUGUACGCCGAGUACGUGCAGUCCUGGGACGAGCGGGCCCGGAACGUAAUAUCGUUCCUCUCGCAGAUUCUGCAGCUCUCGGACCGCGGGUGGAAGGACGCCGCGCCGGCCGCGCCGGUCGAAGAGAAGGACGGCGACUUCCAAGCCUCGUUCCGCAACGGCACCAUCCGCGUGCAGUGCGUCCGCAUACAGGACCCCUUCGGCCCCACCAUCACCGUAGCAGACAUCGAUGCGCUGGUGGUGUCUGGCGAGACGAGGUCAGGCGGGCGCGCUGUCAACGACCGCCGCACUGAGCAGGGGUGGCGCGCUCUGGAAGUUUUUGAGGUCGACGUCCUCGACGCAGAGGAGGUGUCGGACGAAGCUACCAAGACGGAGAGCUUCGCUUCAAAGAUCAGCAGCUCGGCGAUCCGACAGCAGCGGGCGCAGGCAAAUCUCCAAGCAAAAUAA